AUGGAUGAACAAUCAGUAAAGGACAUGUCUGACUUGCUUCGCCUUAAUGUGGGGGGCUGCCUGUUUACUGCUAGAAGACAAUCUCUCUGUCGCUUCAAAGAUUCCAUGUUGGCAGCUAUGUUCAGUGGUCGCUUUCCUUUGAAUCGUGAUGAGUCUGGUUUUUGCCUUAUUAAUAGAAGCGGAGAUUUGUUUAGAUACAUCCUAGACUACUUACAUGGAGAAAUCCAAAUUCCCAGCGAUGAACAGACAAGAAUUGCUCUACAAGAGGAGGCCGAUUACUUUGGAAUUCCUUACCCUUACAGUCUCCCUGAACAUUUGGCCAAUGAAAUGGAGACCCAUUCUUCUAACUCAAACUUGGAGCUUAGAAAGGUUUUGUUUGACUUCUGUGAUUCUUACGGCCUUAUAUGCACAAAGCCUACAGUGUGGGUGUUACAUUACUUACACACGUGUGGCUCCAGCUGUGAAAGUAGGAUCAUUGGCAUCUAUGCAACUAGAGAAGAUGGAGAUUCAGCUCUUCGGCAACAGCUGGGAAAUCGAAUCAAUCAUAAACAUAUGUACAAAAGGGAGGCCGGUGGUAACACUCAGUACAUAUUGAGCUACUACAGCAUAUCUGAGCUGAAAGCCAUGAUGGAUGCUUUUGAAAACUGGGAAGGAAGAGGAUUCAGCUACUGGAGAGUUCCUCAAGAAUUAAUUGAGUGCUGGACCCUAGAAGAACGAUCAAUACAAGGCGAUUCGGGAAAUAUAACUCCAGUGAGGACUAGGAAAUGCAUCAAUCUCGCAAAAGAGAAACCAGACACUGACAUGACACCCAAGACUGGAAUAAAGCCCAUCAGGUUUUGUGGCCCAUCUACAAACACCCAUAUUCGAGUGAAGAAAUCAACCUCCCAAGACGACAGUCCAGGGGUGUCAAAGAGCACAGCUCCAAAAAGAGCAAGUGACGACACUGAUGUAGAAUCGGAAAAAGCUGAAACAAAACUCAGGCGCUUGACCAGUGACAGUAAUGGGGAAAAACCUUUCAUCUUAGAACCAGAGUCCAGCAGUCGCAAAAGGGAAGGCCAGGAUGACCCUAAACCUUCAACCUUAAGAAAGCCGGCUUGUAGUCGUGCGAUACGUCUAAAGAGACCAUCUCUGGGCGCGACGUCUGUGAAUGAACUUCCAACACUGAAUGAAUUAAAACAAAAGCCUUCCCUACAACUCCUCCUAGAUAAAAAACAGUGA